AUGAGUCAAGACUUUAAACCUAUCGAUGAUCCAGGUAGUGAGCACAUUGAGGGAGUGGAUCCAGAUUGCAUGGACCAUACGCUUCAACGAGUUCAAGUCAGUCCAGAACGACAAAGGUCAAUCGUUCGGAAGUUUGACCGACAUCUAUUGCCGCUCCUUUGCGUCUUGUAUAUUUUGUCAUACUUGGACCGCGGCAACAUCGGCAACGCAAAGAUUGCCGGGCUCCAAGAGAGUCUAAAUCUGGAUGAUUCAGACUGGUCCUGGGUCCUGAACAGCUUCUAUCUGUGCUAUACUGUCUUUGAGUGGACAAACCUACUGUGGAGACUAUUUCCCGCGCACUAUUAUGUGGCAGUUUUGUGCAUCUGCUGGGGUGCUGCUGCCAUGUGUAGCGGAGCAGUUCACAACCUUGGUGAGCUUAUUGUGUGUCGGUGCUUGUUGGGUGUGUUCGAAGCCAGCUUCGGCGCUGGGGCACCUUAUUUCCUCUCCUUGUUCUACCAACGGCAUGAGCUAGGGCUCCGCGUGUCGGUACUUCUAGGAAUGUCUCCGAUCGCGAACUGCUUUGCCUCUGCACUGGCAUAUGGCAUUACUCAGAUCCGGAAUGGACUUGAGCCAUGGCAGUAUCUCUUUCUGAUUGAAGGGGCACCUACCGUCAUAAUCUCCGUCGUUGUGUUUUUCUUUCUCCCGGAUAGCCCCGGGUCGGCCCGGUUCUUGGAUGAGCAGCAACAAGCAGAUGCAGUUGGGCGCUUGACAACGCAAGACCGCACGGCGAAAGACCGCGUGCAUUGGAAGCAAAUCUGGAGUGGUCUCCUGGACUAUAAGAACUAUGUGCACAUGAUCAUCCAUUUCUGUUGCAAUUAUUCCUUUGCGGGUCUGUCCAAUUUCCUGCCCACUCUCAUUGAAGAUAUGGGCUACGUCUCCGUCCACGCUCAGGGCCUCACAGCCCCUCCCUAUCUGGGAUCUUUCAUCUGCUGCCUGGCAGCCGCCUUCCUGUCGGACCGGUUGGGUAACCGAGGCUUGGUAGUGGUAGGAUUCUCGACAAUAGGCUUGGUUGGCUACUUGAUGCUGGCCUGUGUACACGAUGCUAGCGCAGAUGGGGUACGGUAUGCAGGUAUCUGGUUAGCAACAUGUGGAGUGUUCCCGUCUCUCGCGAUUAACAUUACCUGGUUACUGAAUAACCAGGGUGGCGACAGUAAACGAGGAGCCGGGAUGGCAGUGUUAGCGAUAUUCGGGCAGUGCUCGAGCUUCGUCAGCAGCUCUUUAUUUCCGGCCACUGAUGCACCCAACUAUACGCGUGGGUGUGCUGCGGGAGCAGGCUUGACGGGCUUAGUGGUGGUUCUUGGCGCCGUGCUACACUGCAAACUCAGGCUCGAAAAUGCUCGACGGAACCGGGUGCAUGGUCGCGUGAGUGAGGAACAUGCUAUUGAUGUGACGGAAGCUGGAGAUGAUGAUCCUAAUUUUCGCUAUAUCACUUAG